AUGAAAAUGUCAGUAACUCUUCGUCAGCAUUUCUGGAAAACUAAGCUGUGCCCUCUACAUGCGGAGAACAAAUGUAAAGAGGGAGAUAAUUGUGACUAUGCUCAUUCUAUUGAAGAUCUAAGGUCAAUUCCAGAUCUAAAAAGAACUAAGCUUUGUUAUAAGUUAUUGAAAGGUGAAAAGUGCUUUAAUAAAAAAUGCAAUUAUGCUCAUAACCAGGAUGAAUUAAAAUCAGCACAAAAUUUAUUUGCUUAUAAAUCUUCAAUGUGUAAAUUUAUAGAAAAUAAAGCAUGCUUAAAUGGAUCUACAUGCCGGUUUGCUCAUAACAUAGAUGAAUUAAGAGUUCCAAGAAUUCCAGAAAUUUUAUUAGAAAAAGGUAGCACUGAAAUAGAUGGAAAAAACGAUGCACCAUAUUAUUUGGAUGAUAAUAAUAAUACCAAUGAAAAAAUUAACAAUGAAAUAAUAACAAAUGGAGAACCUAGCAUUGAUAAUUGUUACAAAAUUGGAAGCAUAAAUAAUAACGGAAAUAGUAACAAAGAACCCAACAUCAAUUGCAACAUAACUGGGAAUAACAACUGUAACAUGCACGUUAAUAGAAAUAAUAGCAACACUUGUAGCAUGGAUGCCAACAGGAAUAAUUAUCAGCGUAUUAGUAGCGACCGAAACAUGAAUAAUGGGAAUUUUAAUAAUAAUUUUAAUAUGCUACUGAAUAAUUUCAACGCAAUGCACAUAAAUACCAAUGAUGAACAGAUUUACAAUAAUCAAAAUUUCUUAAAUAAGUAUAAUAACAACAUCAACAAUAACUAUCAUAUGUACAAAAAUAACGGGAUGAAUGGCAAAAGAGAUGACAGAAAAAGAAGAGACAAAAAUAGAAACAAGAAUAAAGAAAAACAAAUAAAACAAAAAAAAAAUAAUUAUAACAAAAAUUAUGAAAAUUAUGGUAAUAAUGAGGGCAAUGCUAUAAAUAACCAUGUAGCACAGUCUAUUAAAAAAAAAGAGGAAGGGAAUUAUUUUUAUGAUAGUAACACAACAAUACCAUCAAGUUUAAAUUUUGACGAAGAAAACGAUAAAAAUAAAAUAAAUGAAGGUUAUGCAAGUAAUAAUCUUGAAAAGGUAGACAUAAAUCAAUGCUGUGAAAAAAUAGAAGAAAAUGCAUCUAUAGAAUCUAACAAAAAUGUAAACGACCAUUAUAAUGAUAGAAGUACUUAUGAAAAUUGUAAUAAAGUUGCAUACGGUAAUGACAAGGAAAAAAGUUUAAGUAAAAAUAAAAAUAAAAAAAAAAAUAUGAAUAAAAAUACCAAUGAAGACAUUAAAAAAAAUAACACAAAUUGUAUAAAUAGCAAUGAACAAUGCAUAAAUGGUCUAGAAGGGCAAUAUAAUUAUAUGGACUAUAAUAAUUAUAAUUAUUUAAAUCAUAUGUAUUAUAACAAAAUGAUGCAAAUGAAGUUUAAUCCAUCCAUCCAGUAUAUGAAUUAUCAACAAAUAAAUAAUAUAGAGGGUCCAAAUGAUGGUUUAAUGCCAAACAACUAUUCAAAGUUUAUUAAACCAAAUGAAUAUGGUUUAUAUGAUCAUCAAAACAAUAUGCCAUAUAUGGUUGCUCCAAAUUAUUAUCCACAUUAUUUAUAUUAUUAUGCAAACCCAUGUAAUUAUAACCAGUGUGUAAUUCCUGGCAAAACAAUAAACAAUAAUAAUGAUAAAAAUAUAAGUGAUAAGAGCCCCUUAAAAAAAAAUAGCCCUUCAGUAAGUGAUACUGAAGUUUUCCAAAGUGAUCAUGACAAUAAUGAGGAGGAGGAAAUAGUAGAUAAUCAAAUAAACUGUGAAAAAGACGAAGAAAGUGAAGAAGCAAAUUGCGAAAAAGAAAAGAUAAUAAACAAUGACAAGACUUGUGAUGAAAUAGAUGAUAAAAUAAAUGAAGAAGAAACAAAUAAAAAUGAUGAUGUCGAUAAAAAUCAAAAAUCACAAACUGAUGUUAACAUUGAUAAUAGUAUUACAGAGUUAACCAAUAAAAAAGAUUGCAUUGAAAAAGAAAAUAAAUAUAGUUGCAUAAAAAAAAACACACAUAACAAUAAUAAUGAUAGCAUGAUAAAGAUAGAAGACAAGCUAAAUGAUCAAAAAGGUGAAAAUGUUUAUGACGAAACUUCACAACUGAAAAUUAUAAAAAAUCAAAAAACAGAAAAACAUAGGCAUCAAAAAACAAAGCGAUCAAAAUUAGUCCCAUUAAACAAAAACGGAAAAAAAAAAUUUAACAAAGAACUGCAUGUAAAUAAGGAGGAUAAUUUUAACAAGCAAGAGGAGGGAAAUAUGGAAACAGCAAAAUUAGUAAAUGAUAAUGUUUUAAAUGACCAAAAUAGAAAUUGUAUAAAAACCCAAUCAGCAUCUUCUUCAGUAUAUAGUUAUAUGCAUAAUGCGAAUAAUAUACAAAAUAUGAAUUAUGAUAAGAAUUUGAUUAAUCCUUCAGUACCUUCAAUAGAAAUGUAUCACAACAAUCCAUGCCAUAUGAAUAAGUUAACUAAUGAACAAAUGAUUUACAAUUUAAAUAAUAGAAGCAUUGGCUAUUAUUAUUAUCCUUGUAUCCCUACGACAUAUAAUGAUGAAGUAUAUUUAAAUUAA